UCUUUACAACAUUUUUAUGAACUUUAUCAAAACAUUUUUGUCGAAUAUUGAUUCAAAAAUGAACACCUUUUACUUUUUCUUAGUAUCCAUUAUAUUAACCAUGACAGAAUCGUACGUUUACUUACAAGUUCGUAAAAAUGGUAAUCAUUCUGAUGUUGACGCAUUAAUACAUAAAGUUAUACCAAAGAUAGAUAUAGAAAACUCUAGAAGGAAGAUUAAUCGUCGUAUAAACACAAAGUCUAAUCUAGAAGAACAAUUAAAAGAUCUAGAAAGUCUAGUCCUGGCUAUACAUACCGGUGUUAAUGGUAAUUUGGAACCGAUUAAACCGAAUGUAGCACGAAAUAUACAGAAUUUUGUUAAAAAUAUAAUUGAAAAUGAAAAUGUUAAAGCGUUAUUUAGAUCAAAUAAAAGAAGUUAUAAUAUAAAACCCGAAAUUGUACAUUUUAAAAGUGACAAACCAUCUCUUAUGUUAGAGGUCAGUUUUGAAUCAAUAGUAAAUGCGAUAGACGAGAUCUUAAGGUCCAAAAAGGUGAAAGACUACGCGGACACUUUGGGUCACAACGCCGCUAUAAUAUAUAGAACUCUAUUAGACGAAAGCAGAAAACAUGGAAAGACACAAAGAAAAUCACUUUAA